GUUUUAGAUGGUAUUUUACGUUUUGAAGAAGAUGGCACCUGUUAUUGAAGUACUGACCGAAAGGGCUAUUCUUGGGGAAGGCCCACAUUGGGAUGAGGCGAUGCAGAGUUUGUACUAUGUGGAUAUCUUUGGACAAACUAUCAAUAAGUUUGUGCCUUCUACGAGUACGCAUACGAAGGCGAGAAUAGAAGGAGGACCUGUAGCGUUGGUUAUACCCGUCGAAGGUACCAAUAACAAGUUUUUGGUAGGCCUUGGAAGGAAACUGAUAACUGUGACUUGGGACGGAGUAAGUGACAAGGUUUCUAACAUAGAAGAACUCUUAGAGGUGGAAAAUGAACCGGGCUUCACCAACAAUAGAUGGAACGAUGGCAAAGCUGAUCCGACUGGAAGACUUUGGGCAGGUACCAUGGGUCCAGAGCCCGAAAUUGGUAAAUUGGAGAAAGAAAAAGGGGCACUCUACACUUUAAUUGGAAGAAAUCGGGUAAAAACGCACUUAACGAAAGUUAGCAUUGCCAAUGGUUUAGCUUGGAACGUGAAGUUGAAGAAAAUGUACUACAUUGAUUCUCCUAGAAGAACAGUUGAUCAGUAUGAUUAUAAUAUCGACAAGGGGGAAAUUUGCAACAGAAAACCAAUAUUCAACUUGGAUCAUCAUGACAUUCCCGGUGUUCCCGAUGGAAUGACUAUCGACGCCGAUGGUAACCUUUGGGUUGCAGUUUUUGAUGGUGGUCGUUUAUUGCAUAUUAACCCUACAACCUCAGAGCUUAUUACAACAAUUACUUUUCCUGCAAAACAAAUCACAUCAGCUGCUUUUGGGGGUGCAAAUUUGGAUGAACUUUACGUAACUAGUGCCCAGUUGGUUGUAAAGGGAGAAAAGCAACCCCACCCAGCUGGUGCCCUUUUUAGACUAACUGGAACCGGUGCUAAAGGCCUUCCAGGAGUGAAAGUAAAAUUGUAAUACAGAGUUCUAACAAGAUGUAUUAAAUAAUUAGUGACAAACAAAAAUUGUUUUACUAGCGUUUCACAAAAUGUAUUCAUAUUGGAGA